AAAGAUCACAAAGUUUACCCUCAAAUCCCGUAUGAAGAAAAAUCUUCCUCUUCAAGUGCCUAAUCUCGGAUGCUUCGUCUUUUGUCAUCUCAUAAAUCAUAUCGGCUGUCUUCAAAAAUGGAAAACACUACAGCGAAGCAUGUAACCAUCAACAAUCCAGCUGACAUCAGUGUAAUCGUUGGCUACUUUCUGGUGGUUAUUGCAGUAGGAAUUUGGUCUACAUUUAGGACUAAUCGUGGUACCGUAGGUGGCUACUUUCUCGCAGGUCGGACCAUGGUGUGGUGGCCUGUGGGAACUUCUCUUUUCGCGAGCAACAUCGGCAGCGGUCAUUUUGUUGGUCUUGCAGGAACGGCCGCUGCGAGUGGAAUAGCUGUCGGGGGUUUCGAAUGGAAUGCAUUAUUUAUCGUUUUGUUGCUGGGCUGGGUGUUCGUUCCUGUUUAUUUAACCGCAGGGGUGAUUACGAUGCCUCAGUACCUCAAGAAAAGAUUCGGAGGGACUAGAAUUAGCUUGUAUCUCUCUGUCAUCUCGCUUUUCCUUUACAUCUUCACAAAGAUUUCUGUUGACAUGUUCUCAGGAGCAGUUUUUAUACAGCAGGCUCUUGGCUGGAAUAUCUACGUUGCAGUGAUUGCUCUGCUCUUCAUAACAGCGCUUUAUACAGUCACGGGAGGACUGGCUGCACUGAUGUAUACAGAUACCGUCCAGACUUUUGUUAUCAUUGCGGGAGCCUUCGUCCUCAUGGGAUUCUCCUUUCAUGAAGUUGGAGGAUACAGUGCUUUACUGGAUAAAUAUAGUGUAUCUUUGCCAUCUCAGAGGAGUAAUAUUUCUGAACAGUGUUACACUCCACGUGAGGAUGCCUUUCAUUUACUUAGAGAUCCCACGACCGGGGACCUGCCAUGGCCCGGCGUGUUAUUUGGCAUUGCAAUUAUCGGUAGCUGGUACUGGUGUACCGAUCAGGUAAUUGUGCAGCGCUGUUUGGCUGCCCGUAGUCUGACGCAUGUAAAGGCGGGAUGUAUAUUGUGUGGGUACCUCAAACUGCUUCCUAUGUUCCUCAUGGUGUUUCCAGGCAUGAUCAGCAGAGUGCUUUACCCUGACGAAGUAGGUUGCGUGGAGUCAAGCGUCUGUACGAAAGUUUGCGGCACAGCAGUUGGCUGCUCCAACAUCGCCUACCCCAAACUAGUGGUUUCUGUAAUGCCAACAGGUCUCAGAGGUUUAAUGCUGGCAGUCAUGUUGGCAGCUCUUAUGAGCUCUCUAGCCUCAAUCUUCAACAGCAGUAGCACUUUGUUUACCAUGGACAUUUGGACUCGUAUUCGGCCUCAAGCUAGAGAUAAAGAGCUCAUGGUUGUAGGAAGGGUGUGGAUACUCUGCAUUGUCGCUGUUAGCAUUUGUUGGAUCCCAGUUGUCCAGGCAGCCCAAAGCGGUCAGCUGUUUGAUUACAUUCAAUCUGUAACUAGCUACUUAGCUCCACCGAUUGCAUCUGUCUUCUUCCUUGCCAUUUUUGUGAAGAGGGUCAAUGAGACAGGAGCCUUCUGGGGCCUGAUGGGAGGACUGGUUAUAGGUCUGUGUCGUAUGGUACCCGAGUUUGCAUAUGGUUCAGGAAGCUGCCUUAACCCCUCCAGCUGCCCAAAAAUUAUAUGCGGGGUUCAUUACCUUUACUUUGCAGUGCUGCUCUUUUUCUGCACCGCUAUCCUGGUGCUUUUUGUAAGCUACAACUCUCCACCCAUAGAGGACAAACAUCUCCAUCGACUUGUCUUUACCUUACGCCAUUCUAAAGAAGAAAGGGUCGAUCUGGACUGGGAAGAGGAGGAACGAGGGAGACAAGCUCGAAGAGAGGCAGAUGAAAAGAAAAAGGAUGAAACUGAGGAGGAUCAAGGUGAACGUGGUGACAGAUCCAUAAUGAUGAAGAUUGUUGGCUGGUUUUGUGGCAUAAGUGAUACUCAGGCUCCAGAGCCCACAGAGGAGGAAGUGACUGAAGCAUCUAAACAAUUACCUGACAUAAGUGAAGACCCACUGUGGAAGAAUUUGGUCAAUGCUAAUGCUCUAAUAAUGAUGUCUGUGGCUGUUUAUUUUUGGGGAUAUUAUGCAUGAGGGUGAAACAAUGAUCAUAGUAUAAAAAUCAGUGUUUCCCAACCCUGGUCUUGGUAUCAGGAUUCUCCCUAAUCAAACACAUCUGUUUCGACUCAUCAGUCUGGAACCCUCUGAAAUGAGUGCGUCAGAUAAGAGAGACAUCCAAAGUGUGUACUGUUGGGAAACACUGAUUUAAAUUCUUCACACAAUAGAAUCAAUGACUACCUGACACAUGUGUGUAUAAAGUCAUUUAAAUAAAUGGUAGUUAAAUCAUUUUAGAAGUAUCAUUAAAAGAAUAAUCAAGAUACCUUAUGUUAUGGAAUAGUUUUGUUUUUGUGCUGUAAGAAUAAAAAAAAAGUCCUGAUAAAUCUGAUAAAAACAUCACAAUAGUACACAAAUGAUCCACAAACAUCUAGGCAAUUAAAAGCAGUGUUUGAAAAAAAAAAAAA